GGUGAAUGGUGAAUGAAGGACUUCCGCCCAGAAGAGUACAAAUAGGUGCAACAGACGGUGACAGAUCUUUGCUUGUUUUCAAGUCUUCACGAUGAAAUCUUUGACCACUUUUACACACGAGGUGCCUCAUCCAGAAAAUGUUGUGUGGGCGCCUCCCGCAUACGAUGAACAGCACCACUUGCUUUUUUCGCACAGGACCGUCUUGAUUGGCAUCGUCGGGUCGUUGAUCAUUACUGUGGCAGUGGUAGGAAAUGUUCUUGUCUGCUUGGCAAUUUUCACAGAGCCUAUUCUCUCCCACAGCAAAAGCAACUUUUUUAUCGUGUCCCUGGCAGUUGCUGACCUACUGCUCGCUCUCCUGGUCAUGACGUUUGCUUUAGUCAACGACAUGUACGGUUACUGGUUGUUUGGAGAAACCUUCUGCUUCAUCUGGAUGUCUGCAGACGUCAUGUGCGAAACUGCGUCCAUCUUCAGUAUCUGUGCCAUUAGUUACGAUCGCCUGAAGCAAGUGCAGAAGCCACUACAUUAUGAGGAGUUCAUGACUACUACUCGGGCUCUUUUGAUUAUUGCUUGUUUGUGGAUUUGUUCAUUUGUCGUGUCUUUUGUACCAUUCUUUCUGGAGUGGCAUGAGCUCUCAGUGGAAGAAAUCAAUGCCAUUUUCAAGGAUCACAAAACAGAAAAGGAAGAAGCCCAUGAAGCACACAAUAUUUAUUCUGCGCUUAACCAAACCUUGGGAGUUAAACAAAAAUCGAAUGCAAAACCUGUGUGCCUCUUUGAUGUACAUUUCACCUAUUCGGUAAUCUAUUCCUUUAUUUGUUUUUACGUCCCGUGCACCUUAAUGCUGACAAAUUACUUACGCCUGUUCUUAAUUGCCAAAAGGCACCAGGUCCGGAUCAGGAAUCUCCAAAUGACCAACCCUCCACAGCUUAGAGGUCAAGGGGCGAGCUCCUACCGGAAACAGGGAACACAAGGCAGUAAAGCAGCCCGGACUCUCACGAUCAUCACAGGAACUUUCCUGGCGUGCUGGUUGCCUUUCUUUAUCAUCAACCCAAUUGCUGCAGCAGAUGAACACCUCAUCCCACUGGAAUGUUUCAUGGUGACCAUUUGGCUCGGUUAUUUCAAUUCCUGCGUCAAUCCUAUCAUCUAUGGGACGUCCAACUCCAAAUUCCGAGCAGCUUUUAAGCGACUUUUGCGCUGGCAUUCAGUAGAAGGAACUGGUACUGGCUUCUCCCACGUCCCUCGGGCUUAUCGGGCAUUUUCGUGGAUACGUCCCAGCCGCUUAGACCUGUCCCCAAGCGUACACCAUAGUGAUGUCUCUGAUUCAGGGCACGAUAAAAAUAGUGAAGGAGGUGAUUACCCCACAACUGACCCAACAAAGCCCGAUGUCAACGUCAGCGAAGAGAUAAUUUAUGCUGGCACUAAGUUGUCCGAAAGCGAAGUAGCCUUCUCAAUUUCUCUGGGCAUGGCUGUGCUUGAUGUUUGGAUCCUUGCUUGUUUUCAAGUCUUCAUGAUGAAAUCUUUAACAAGUUUUACACACGAGGUGCCUCAUCCAGAAAAUGUUGUGUGGGCGCCUCCCGCAUACGAUGAGCAGCACCAUUUGUUUUUUUCGCACGGGACCGUCUUGAUUGGUAUCGUCGGGUCGUUGAUCAUUACUGUGGCAGUGGUAGGGAAUGUUCUUGUCUGCUUGGCAAUUUUCACAGAGCCUAUUCUCUCCCACAGCAAAAGCAACUUUUUUAUCGUGUCCCUGGCAGUUGCUGACCUACUGCUCGCUCUCCUGGUCAUGACGUUUGCUUUAGUCAACGACCUGUACGGUUACUGGUUGUUUGGAGAAACCUUCUGCUUCAUCUGGAUGUCUGCAGACGUCAUGUGCGAAACUGCGUCCAUCUUCAGUAUCUGUGUCAUUAGUUACGAUCGCCUGAUGCAAGUGCAGAAGCCACUACAUUAUGAGGAGUUCAUGACUACUACUCGGGCUCUUUUGAUUAUUGCUUGUUUGUGGAUUUGUUCAUUUGUCGUGUCUUUUGUACCAAUAUUUCUGGAGUGGCAUGAGCUCUCUGUGGAAGAAAUCAAGGCCAUUUUCAAGGAUAACAAAGCAGAAAAGGGAAAAGCCCUCGAAGCACACACUUUUUCGUCUGCGCAUAACCAAACGUUGGGAGUUAACAAAAAGUCGAACAGAAAACCGGAGUGCCUUUUUGAUGUACAUUUCACCUAUUCGGUCAUCUAUUCCUUUAUUUGUUUCUACAUCCCGUGCACCUUAAUGCUGACAAAUUACUUACGCCUGUUCUUAAUUGCCAAAACGCACCAGGCCCGGAUCCGGAGCCUCCAAAUGACCAUCCCUCCACAGCUUAGAGGUCAAGGGGCGAGCUCCUACCGGAACCAGGGAACACAAGGCAGUAAAGCAGCCCGGACUCUCACGAUCAUCACAGGAACUUUCCUGGCGUGCUGGUUGCCUUUCUUUAUCAUCAACCCAAUUGCCGCAGCAGAUGAACACCUCAUCCCACUGGAAUGUUUCAUGGUGACCAUUUGGCUCGGUUAUUUCAAUUCCUGCGUCAAUCCUAUCAUCUAUGGGACGUCCAACUCCAAAUUCCGAGCAGCUUUCAAACGACUUUUGCGCUGUCGUUCAGUAAAGUCAGUUGUAGGCAGCAUCUCUCCUGUUUCCCCGGCGUAUCGGGCAUUUUCGUGGAUACGUCCCAGCCGCUUAGACCUGUCCUCAAGUGAACACCCUAGUGACGCCUGUGAUACAGGACGCGGUAAAAAUAGUAAGGGAGGUGAUUACGCCACUACUGACCCUACAAAGCCCGAUGUCAGCGUCAGCGAAGAGAUAAUUUAUGCUGGGACUAAGGUGUUCGAAAGCGAUACAGCCUUCUCCUCAUAA